UGGCUGGCUCCAGUUUGGGGAAAGUGCGUGAUCGGGAGCAGCAGCACUGUUUAUACGCCUGCUUUCUGAGAAGUCACAGCCACGAUCAGCAAGUUAAGAAAUGAAAGUGAAAUCAGCUGAGAGUGACCUCAGCACAAAUGGACCAAAGUUCAGAGAGCUGUUUACUUAGGAGGUACUUCUCCUUGCAAACGCAGGCUGGGCACUAGCUCAGGACGCUCCGGGGCUGCCAGUUCGGGCUCCGCAGCCCCGCUUCUGGAGCCUGACCUUAGCGGCCAGCCAGAAAGAACAGUCACCCGACCCGAGUGCCUGCUCCUGUGUUUUAUGAGUGUUGCUGUGGGUUCUGCAUCUUCUUUGGGUCCCCGGGAGGGCUGCCCCGCCCAGAGCGAGCGAAGAUGACCACGCGGCCCAGGUGGGGCGAGCAGCUGACGUUCCUCGGCAUCAUGACCCUCACGGUGGCGGCCGUCUCCCUGCUGUUCUACGCGCUCCUCUGGAAGGCCGGCAACCUCACGGACCUGCCCACCCUGAGGAUCGGCUUCUACAACUUCUGCCUGUUGAACGAGAGCAUGGGCUCCCUGCAGUGCUACCAGCUCUCCGAGCUGGAGCCCCUGGGGCUGCCCCGGGGCGGCCUGGCCCUGGCCAGGCUGGGCGUGUACGGGGCGCUGGUCCUCACCUUCUUCGUGCCCCUGCCCCUCCUCCUGGCCCACUGCAAGAGGAACGAGGGAGAGUGGCACCUGGCGGUGGGCUUCCUGGCGGCGGCCUCCACGCUGCUGGCCGGCGGCCUGGGCCUCUUCCUCGCCUACACCUGGAAGUGGAUCGCACUCUCGCUGCUGGGGCCGGGGUUUUUAGCCCUGUGCGCCGCCCAGGUCUUGCUCCUCCUCUUGCUUAUGGCCACGGUUGUGUUCCCUCAAAGGGCAGAGGACACCAGCAAGCUUGAGAGCUGCUAGCCCUGUCCCAAGGCGCACGACUGCGGGGCUGUUUGAGCGAUGCUCAUGCUCAGAGGUGCCAGAGGACUCGUGGCUGGUGCUUCCUCAGCCCCAUGUUUCAUAGCCAAGCCGACCCCAAGCUCUAGCCGGCCCCAGCCGAGGGAGGCCCGCGGGCGGGCGAGGAGGCUGGGCAGCAGGGCGGCAGGCGCACCUGCAGCUUCUUAGCGUAGGGUAGUCUGUCCUUUGGGACUGCUAACACCACGUAGCUCACUGUCACGGAAAUUCCUGCUUUAAUGAGCUGAUCCGAGAAAGCCAUUCUUACUCUGCUCUCAGGACGGUGGAGAGAGAAGAGUUCCUGUCACAGGGCCAGGUUUCCAGGAUGACCUGCCAAAGGCCAAGCUGAGACCCGGGGAAGGUUUAUGACAAAUGGGGGAUGUGGAGAGACAGCACCUGUGUCCGAGGCGCCCUGAAUAGCAAGCUGGCCCCUCCCUUCCCCCACGACACCACCUCCCCCCCCAAAGGCACAGGAGAGAUCCCAAAGGGAGUCACUGAGGACAGUUUCCCUGAAUAAGGCUGCGAGACCUGAAGCCAGACAGGGGAGUGAGCUGGCUACUCAUCCCGAAGGGGGGCCCAGGAGUCGGAGCAUAAAUGCCGGAUCCUGGGCAGGGGGGAGGGUG